AUGAGAAAAAUCGAAAUCCAGCCACAAAACUACGGAAAGCACUAUUUUCUGCCUCAUCACGCUAUAGUGAAGGACAGUAGCACAACUACUAGAAUCGUACUUACGCUAGAGCAUUGGCGUAGCUACCCCAUCGUAUUCUUAGCAGAUGUGUCAAAGAUGUACCUGCAAGUGCGAUUACAUCCUGAAGACUGGCGACUACAGACGUUGCUUUGGCGUGAUGAUCCGCUUAAAGAGAUGGAAAAUUACGUACUCAUUAUGGUCACGUUCGGCUCGGGUCCGUCUGCGUUCCUGGCCAAUCGAACACUCAGACAGUUGGCAGAGGACGUGGGAGAGAAAUAUCCUUUGGCAACGCCUAUAGUACGCCAAGAAAUGUAUAUGGACGACGUAUUGUCCGGCGCUUUUGAUAUAAAAGUUGCAAUGCAAAAGCGCGAUCAAUUAGAUGCUUUGUUCUCGGCUGAAGGUUUGACUUUGGCCAAGUGGAUGACAAACGAUGAUCAAAUGCUUCAUUCGUUCGGCCCGGACUCUCUGGCUAAGGAAUCGACAUUGAAAGUGGGUCUCGGGUUUUCUGUACUUGGCUUGGUCUGGGAACCUCGGACAGACGUUUUUCAAUUCAAUGUCUCGAUAGAGCCUUUGACGAAUCCAAUCACGAAGCGUAAGGUUUUGUCGUGUAUCGCCGGAAUGUUUGACCCUUCGGGCUGGAUAGCCCCGGUCUUGAUCUCUAUGAAAAUAUUCAUGCAAUCGCUCUGGCUUUUGACUAAAGAGUGGGACGCUCCAUUGCCUGCGUCUGAAGUCGAAAGAUGGCGAGCUUUUGAGAAUGAUUUGCAAGUAUUAGCAACGAUUGUUAUACCAAGAUGGACGGGCAUUCUGAGCGAUGCUUAUCUUGAACUGCACGGCUUCGCUGAUGCCUCGAAAUUUGCUUAUGCAGCAGUGCUCUAUGUCCGCGUUUUCUAUGACGGACAAGCGAGAAUCACUCUGCUUGCAUCGAAGACUAAGAUCGCCCUGCUCAAGACGCUCUCGAUACCGCGACUCGAGCUCUGCGCAGCGCACCUACUGGCUAAGCUCGCUUCCUCGUUCAUCGCUACCGAAGACUUUGCUAGUGUCCCUUUGUGCGCGGACAUAGUUCACUUGACUCCCCGAGCGACUUGGCAGUAUAUCAAUACAAAGCAAAAUCCGGCGGAUCUUGCAUUGCGAGGUAGUACUGCAAGUGCCCUCCGAGACAACAAGCUGUGGUGGCGCGGGCCUGAGGAACUGGUCGCAACGUCGCAACCUUGGACUGCCACAAACUUCGAUAACAGCAACGAAGCUACUGCCGAGAUUGAGACACCUGAGCGAGUAGCUCUGCUCCAGGAGGUUACACCACAACUAGAGUGCGAGAUCAUAGCUCGUUUCUCCUCAUAUUCUAGAAUGAGGCGAGUACUUUAUUGUUUACGUUUCAUAAAAAAGCUCGCACUAAAAUUCGAUGUAAGAUUGAGCUUGCAAUUUGAAUCUUCCGCUGAAAAAGAGAUAUCAGUGAACGAACUAACUUGCGCCAUGAUACAGCUUUGUCAAAUGACCCAGGCCUCGUACUUUUCAAAGGAAAUCCUCUUGGUGAAAUCCGGACAGCGAUUAUCCAAAGGCCAUUGCUUGAGGAAAUUAAGCCCCAAAAUUGAAAAUGGAUUGCUCAGGGUAGGUGGUCGAUUACACAACUCCCUACUAAGCGAUGAUUGUAAACACUCGAUAAUUCUGCCUACGAAAAGCCGACUCACGACGUUAUUGAUCGAUCAUAUGCACAAGGUGACGUUGCACGGUGGUGUGCAGUUGAUUGUGUCAGACAACACUAUCACAUCACAUCUCAGAACACACUAUCACAUUUCAGACAACACUAUUGGAUCCCAAGACUCAAAGUCGUGGUCAGCGCACAAUUGA